AUUCUGAAAUUGCAUGUUUUGUUUUCCUAAUCUCAUUGUUUGCUUGUUGCUUCCCGACUUUCCUGAUUGCGUGAUGGCUUGAAGGUUUGAAUACAUUUUGGAUAAAUUUCCUCUAGCAAUCCCUUUCUUUUACCCUCCCUCAAACCAAUCAAUCACUCUGAUAUCUGCCUUUAAAUCCACAAUCAUGUCUCGAAGUACAUUAUUACGUAUCAAUUGUCCCAAACCCCUCUCGGGAAUGACGUCUAUGACGUUUGCCAAAUCAACCCAUCGAAGCAUCGGCAGAAUCCCAUACCGGAGUAUUUACUCCAUAAAUCAACUUCAUAACCAUACGAAGACCAUCCCCAAUCCUCAACUUCAACAAUCUCGAGACCAAUUCUCAACUGCAACCAAAAUGUCUGAUUCAAACAAGAACUUUCUUUUGAGCAACGUGUUCAACGUGAAGGGCAAGGUAAUUUCCUCUUGGUUGUACUGAUAUGGACCCAAAAACUCACAUUAACUAGGUUGCCCUCAUCACAGGUGGUGGAUCUGGAAUCGGUUUGAUGGCAACUCAAGCACUAGCUUUCAACGGUGCUAAGGUUUACAUCGUUGGUCGAACUGAAGACAAGCUCGAGAAUGUCGUCAAGCAUCACGGUCAAAACAUUGAGGGAGAAAUAAUUCCCCUCACUGCGGAUAUCACCCGCAAAGACGAGAUCGCCCGUCUAGUAAAGGAGGUCGAAUCUAAGGAAGAAUGUCUUUGCAUCUUGAUCAACAAUGCGGGAAUCUCAGGAGAGACUCAACAAACCGAAGCCAAGACUGCCGAGGAAAUGAAGAAGAAUUUGUUUGAUGACGAGAGUUCAACAUUUGAGGAUUGGUGCAACACUUACCGCACUAAUGUUCCUCAAUUAUUUUUCAUGACAAUGGCUUUCCUUCCUCUGCUUCAAAAAGCUUCGCAGACUCAGUAUGGAUAUUCUGGGACCGUGAUUAACAUAUCAUCUAUUUCCGGCAUCGUCCAAUCUGCACAACAUCAUUUUGGAUACAAUGCCAGCAAAGCCGCAGCGAUCCACUUGACGAAGAUGCUUGCCUCAGAGGUUGCCGAGAAUGGAUUGAAGGUUAGAAUUAACAGCAUUGCACCAGGUGUAUUCCCAAGCGAGAUGACUGCAGGUGGAAAGAGUGGAGAGGAUCAAAAGAGUCACCUUGAGAAGGAGAAGUACGAGAAGGUUCCCGCGAGAAGACCGGGUAAGGAUGAAGAUAUGGCUAAUGCUGUCUUGUUUGCGGCUACGAAUCAGUAUUUGAAUGGUCAGACGGUAGCUGUUGAUGGUGGAUAUAUCUUGCAUGCUGGUGCUUAAUGAUUCUAUGAAGUUUGGAUGUGUAUGAUAGAGCUGCAUGGUGAUGAUGGAUACGGCACCCAGGAUGAAUUAAAAGUUUUAAUACUUUUU